UAUUGUUUUUUUUAAUGUUGGUUUUGCGACAGUUUUGCGAUGAUAUCGUAAAGGGUUUUUAAAUUACAGCCUUGGAUUUUCCAUGGUGGUUCAGUGUCCACUACAGUUAUUAUUGAUCGUUGGUGUCUUGGUUUCAUUACAACCAAUAAGGAAUUAAUUAUUAUAGUUAAGAGCUAUCUGCUUUACAGUACCGGCGAUAGCAAUCAGCAUGACUAGGUAGAUGGUUGUAGUAUUUGUCUGCUGUGAAGAUUUAGCAAUACUGUCUGUAUUAGCUAUUGUUGAACCGAUUUCUAGUUUAUUAACGCAUGCCUUUCACGUAAAUGUGAAGUACAGUUUCACUGAUCAAGGGCAGGAGUAGUUUUAUGUCGAAACGACUAUAUGUAAAGUACGGUCUGAUGUAAUUACUUAUUUAUGUCAUAUUAAUAACGGGUUUUACACUCAGAUCGACAGUGUGUUGCGUGUUGUUUGGUUCGUUUCGUUCAUUUUAAUUUUCAGUUCAGAUAACUACAGGUUGCUAAAAAUCUCAAACACGACAGUUGUGUUCGGAAAGAGAGAUUCACUUUUUUGUAAUAAACUCUUUUUUGUGAUCGAGUUCGACAACAUGUUCUCGAUUUAAAUACAAAAGCUCUUAUUCUCUAAGUAGGAGAGGCGCAUAUUUGUAAGGCUGAUGUCGUUAACAUUUUAAGGUAUUUUUUUUCUCAUUAAUAAGAUUUUCGCACGUUCCUCAACGAAUAAUAGUGAAUUAAAGAUGACUGUAAUUAAGUUAACCACUCAGGCAUAUUGUAAAAUGUUAUUGCACGCUGCUAAGUAUCCCCACUGCGCGGUGAAUGGUUUGUUGGUGGCCGAAAAUCAGAAGCGAAAAGACGGCCAGCCUGUUCUGUGUGUGGAUUGUGUGCCUCUGUUCCAUGGUACCCUCGCACUGGCACCAAUGAUGGAAAUUUCUUUGACUCUGAUUGACACCUGGUGUAAAGAAAAUAAGUACGUGAUAGCCGGGUAUUACCAGGCCAAUGAACGAAUCAAGGAAACCAGACCCAAUCAGUUUGCAGAAAAAGUAGCAGCAAGGAUUGCAGAAAACUUCAGUGAGGCGGCACUGAUUAUGGUGGACAACAGUAAGAUUUCCAUGAGUUGUUAUGACCCUGCAAUUUCUGUCUUCGAGCAUCAUGACAACAAAUGGAAAUGCAGAGACGCUAGCAUUGACUGCUGUGAGGACUGGUCUGAAGCCCAAAAGAUCAUGUCUGCACUCCUGGAAGACAGGUCUUACGACAGCCUGAUCGACUUCGAUAAUCACCUGGACGACCUGCGGAACGACUGGACAAACCCCGAGAUCAACAAAUCCAUCCUGCACUUGUGUUGAGCACUUCUUCAGUAGACUAGUUGUUGCGAUUUCUGCCAAAAUGGGACUCAGUAUUUUUCCAGUGAACUUUUUUUUCUUCAUAAAAGAAUACCGUAUGAAGUUGUACAUUGACAGAGUUAAUGUGAAUUUCAGGUACCUUUGCAACCCAUCUAAUGUGAGUGAUUCGGCAUAAAGUUUCUAUAAUCAGUUAAUUAUGUAUCUAAAAAUUGGGCAUUUUUAGAAAUGCUUUCAGGCAUUCAACCUACCAUUAGUAAUGUCACUGAUCUGUUGCUGGCCAGGGAUUUGUCAUAAUGUACUUUCACUUUACUGCAUACAUUAAAAUAUAAGCUAAGAGUGUUCUAACCAUUUAUGUACUUCUAAAGCAAUCCUUGUUUAAUCCAUUAUCUUUAAAUCCAACCUUUUUGGAUGUAGAAGCCAGCAAACUAACAUCAAAGAGGUGCUUUUUAUACCAUGAAUAUUUUCACAGUAUUAUUUCUUACCUGUUUAAUAUGUCUGUUUGUGUUAAAUAUAAUUAUCUCUUGUGUCUGCUUUGAACAUUAUUUACCAUGCUUACUGUAUAAUCAUGUAAGGAGGGUUAAAUAAGUACUACUAAUUGCAUGCAGCUGGAAUUUUUUUGUAUAUAUUUUGUAUAGAUUUUCUAUUUACUAACGGUCAUAGAUUAUAAUGGAGGUCACUUAAAUCAAAUGUUCUGAAAAUGUAGAUGGUAUGAACAAUCCCUGUUAAUGCAUUCUCUGGUGAAGUUGUGGGUGUACAAGGGCAAAGUGCUUUCCCAGGGUUUUUUAAUUUUUAAUUUUUUUUUGGCUUGUAUUUUGUAUGGAAAAGUCAUAUUGGGUAUAGUCACUUUAACUGGGAGAAUGCCAGUGGAAUUCUGGAGCACUACUUCAUGAAAACUUUCAUUGUAAUUAGAAGUUAAAUCAUACAGCAGUCUUUACACAUGACAUGCAUUCUAGUGAAGACUGUGUUAAUGAAUGAAAAGUUCAAGCUAGGAAUAAAUAAGUUUUCUUUUCUGUCCCAUGUUUAACAAAAUCCUUAUUAUUUCUUGCCUGGAUCUUCUCAUCGGUUGAUAUUAGCAUUUCAGGAAACUUCUGCGCUUGCACUGCCCAGGAUUUUUUUUCAAAUUUCUUACUAAAAUAAUCCACCCAUUUGAGAAAUCAAGCUAAUUCUAGAUCUGCCAUAAACUGGUUAGAGUUUUUUCCCUCUAUGGUAGCCUGUGUCUCAUCCACUUACUUUAGAAUCAUUAGGGAAUUAACAAAGCCUUUUACUCCCAAGUACCAAUCAUACCAUUAUUCUUUUUUUUUUUCAGUCAUCACAUUCAGGACCUCAUGUGAAAGCUUCUAGUCGAAAUGUGUGUCAUUGACUCCAUUUCUUUUAGUAUUUCUAAACAUCUGGUACACCAGGAUUCAACCAUCAAUAGUAAUGACAGCAUUAGAUUAAAAUGUUCUAAUAUAAUUGCAUUGUUGCUUGUUGUAAAAAUACUGGUACGAAGUGUUGUGCUUGAACAAGCAUUAGGAAAGUUGAUGAGCAUCACAAAAAAAACUUUUUCAAUGAUGUGUUUUGUUUAUUCUGGGUGAGUGUUCUAUCAUCAUUUUUUCUAUAAUCCAAGUGUUGGAUUUAAUUUUUAAUUCAAACACAUGGCACAUACCUUUUGAAACGUAAAAGCUGUUUUAAAAUAAUGUCUACCUUAUUGCUUAUCCUAAAUCGAGAUUUUGGCUGAACAAUUCAUGUUUAUUGUGCUGUGUGGUUAGUUCUAGAAUAGCACGGUGCAGUAGGAAAAAUCUGCCACAGAUUAUUUUUUAAUGAACUGUUAGGGUUAGGUUUAAGGAAGAUGUCAGGCUGUGAUAUGAUUGUGAUGAGUGCAUUUCAGAAUGAUUGUGUGUAAUGUGCUGCGUCUUUCUUUUAUAUAUGAAAUGAAAGGCUGAUUUGACUAAAACAAACUCUAACCUUGUUUUGCAAUAAAGUUUGUGGAGAUUAUA